CCUGUUUCUUCCUCAUUGUUCCCUUUCAAUGCUCUUGUAGAAGAAGAAAUCAACGUUUUUUGGGUUACAUUGAUUUUGUUCUUUCAUGGGUUCCAUCUAAAGCUUCGAAAUUUAUCGCUUUCAGCUACUGGGUCGCCAUGCUCAAGCAAUUCCUCAGUAAACUUCCUCGCAAGACAUCGAAACCCGACUCGGACGAGUCAUGCCGCGGUGACUCGUCACGCUCGAGCUCCUCCCGGGAGGAUUCGCCGCGCGCCGCCGGUAGAAACAACCGGUCAAAUGCCGGCAGCUCCUCGGGUCGAACCAACUCCGCGAAACGAACUUCCUCGUCGGCGGUUUUUCCGGCGAGCACCGUGUCAUUGAUUGAACCGUUGGUGCCGUUCAAGGAUGUUCCGAGCUCGGAGAAGAUGAACCUGUUUAUGAGCAAGUUGAGCCUUUGUUGCGUCACGUUCGAUUUCACUGACCCCGGUAAGGAUACGGUGGAGAAAGAUGUGAAGAGGCGAACUUUGGUUGAACUUGUUGAUUUUGUGGCUUCUGCUGGGUCCGUAAGGUUUGGUGAACCUGCAAUUCUUGCUAUGUGUAAAAUGUGUGCUAUUAAUCUAUUUCGAGUUUUCCCGCCAAAUUAUGGGUCGAACCGUGGUGGUGAGAAUGAUGAUGAUGAGCCAACGUUUGAUCCUGCUUGGCCACAUUUGCAGCUUGUGUAUGAAUUGCUGCUUAAAUUUAUUACUUCUUCGUGCCUUGAUGUCAAGGUGGCCAAGAAGUAUAUCGACCAUUCGUUUAUUUUAAGGUUGUUGGAGUUGUUUGAUUCGGAGGAUCCUAGGGAAAGAGACUGCUUGAAGACAAUUCUGCAUAGGGUUUAUGGGAAGUUCAUGGUGCAUAGACCCUAUAUUCGAAAAUCUAUUAACAACUUGUUUUAUAGGUUUGUGUUUGAGACUGAGAAACUCAAUGGGAUUGCUGAGUUAUUGGAGAUUUAUGGGAGCGUAAUCAGCGGGUUUGCUUUGCCCUUGAAAGAGGAACACAAAAUCUUCUUGUGGAGAGUUUUGAUCCCCUUGCACAAGCCAAAAUCUAUGGGGGUCUACUUCCAGCAUUUGUCCUACUGUGUUACGCAGUUUAUAGAGAAGGAGCCCAAAUUGGGGAGCAUUGUGAUAAGGGGUUUGUUAAAAUAUUGGCCAAUAACAAAUAGUCAGAAAGAGGUAAUGUUCCUGGGUGAACUUGAAGAAAUUUUGGAAGCAAUUAACAUGGUAGAGUUCCAGAGGGUCAUGGUCCCAUUGUUUUGGCGAAUUGGAUGCUGCAUUAACAGUUCGCACUUUCAGGUAGCUGAAAGAGCCCAUUUCUUAUGGAACAACGACCAUAUAGUGAACUUGAUUGCUCACAACCGUCAGGUGAUCCUGCCCAUCAUAUAUCCAGCUUUAGAGAGGAAUUGUCAAAGCCACUGGAACCAGGCAGUGCUCAACUUAACUCAUAAUGUUAGAAAGAUGUUCAUGGAGAUGGAUGAGAAGCUGUUCUUGUCUUGUCAUUCUCAGUUUAAGGACGAAGAAGCAAUGCUAAGCUCAGCAGCUGAGAAGCGAAAGGAAGCUUGGAAACAACUAGAGCAAGUAGCCAGUCUUCAGCCUGUAAUUGGAAAUACUGCUGUUUUAGUGUCUCCAAUUUGAUAACCUGAAAAUGUAUGUAUGUAUUAUGUAUCUCAGACCCCCCCCAAUCUUUAUCUCUUUCCUCCUCUUAUGGUGGAAAACCACAAGAAAAGUGGUA